UGACAGGGAGAGAAAAAUGUCUAAAGUAUGAGUAAAACUUAUUGAUUUAAUUUCUCAUUUGCAAGUGGCUCCAUGGGGUAAGACGUAGCUCAGAGCAGAUCCGGGAUCAGUUUAGACAAUCCAAAUCAUAGUCUUGUCAAUGCCCAUUACACAAUGCAAAAGUGACUAAACAAUGCACAGCUAUUUGCUAGUUAUUGUUCAUGCUCGUGUAGUAGGCAUAUUCGAAUGUCAAGCUACAACCGUUAGUGAUGAAACUGUCAACAUCAGUUAAAAUCAAGUUGCAGACAUGAGAGUACGCAAAAUGAAAGGGUUGCUUCUCUAUGACCAAAAAUGAAUCAGCUGAACAGUUAAAAAAGCAGACAGAAUUAGUUAUAUCAGUUGCUUUUUGUGUAUGUUGUAUGUGUGCACAAUUUAUGCCGAGGUCAUCUACACCAACAGUUGGGCUCAACAUUUGAAUUGCACUCCUGAACAAAUCAACAAGAUUGCAAAGAAGCAUGGUUUCCAUAACUUGGGAAAGAUAUUUCCAGAUGGCAACUAUUACCAUAUGGAGCAAAGACAGGUGGCAAAACAAUCAUUGCAGGCACACUAUUUGCAUAAUCUUCGACUCAAAAUGGACCCUAAGGUGCUUUGGUUUGCACAGCAAUCUGGAAGGAGUAGAAAGAGGAGGCACUCUUUCACAACACCAACUGAUCCAUUUUUCAAUCAGCAGUGGUACCUGAGUGAGGCUUUUGAUCAGAAUGUGGUGGCUGCAUGGGCUCGAGGCUACACAGGAAAAGGAGUGGUGGUGUCCAUCUUAGACGAUGGCCUAGAGACAAGCCACCCAGACCUUGCUGAAAAUUAUGAUCCACAGGCUAGCUAUGACAUGAAUGAUAAUGACCCCAACCCAGACACUCAAUACUCUCUGACCAGACCGAAGAGGCAUGGAACACGGUGUGCUGGGGUGGUGGCAGCGGUGGCAAAUAAUGGAGUGUGUGGGGUUGGAGUGGCAUAUCAGGCCAAGAUCGGAGGAGUUCGGAUGUUGGAUGGACAAGUGACUGACCUGAUAGAAGCCAUGUCCUUACAUUUCAAUCAGCAGCACAUUGACAUCUACAGCUCUAGCUGGGGACCUGAAGAUUUGGGGACGAAUUUGGAGGGGCCAAACACAUUAGCCCAAGAAGCCUUUAUCAGAGGCAUUACCAAUGGCCGAGGUGGCUUGGGUUCCAUUUACAUCUGGGCUUCAGGCAAUGGGGGCGCCAGCUUUGACAACUGCAACUGCGAUGGCUACACCAAUAGCAUUUACACGUUGUCUGUUGGUAGUACCACUGAGAGGGGAACUCUGCCCUUCUACAGUGAACCCUGCUCUGCCAUUCUAACAACUACCUACAGUGGUGGCAGCUUUCAUCACCGCAGAAUUGUCACCACCGACCUGCAUCAGUCUUGCACCUCAGACCAUACUGGGACCUCUGCCUCUGCCCCUCUGGCUGCUGGGAUCAUUGCACUGGCUCUGGAGGCAAACCCGACACUUAACUGGCGUGAUGUGCAACACCUCGUGGUGCGAGCAUCUAGACCGGCAGAUCUUCAAACGCAUGAUUGGCGGACCAAUGGUGUCGGAAGACCUGUCAGCCAUUACUAUGGAUAUGGGCUACUGGAUGCAGGGAGACUUGUGGACUUGGCCAGUAAAUGGAAAGCAGUCAGACCUAAAAGGAAAUGCACCAUUGACCUCAUUACCAGAGCCAUUGAACUCCGCAGGAAACUGACAUUGAGGUGGAAUGUGAAAGCUGGAUUCUGUCUCUGGAGCACAUCCAGGCCCGUCUUACACUGACCUACACUGACCUACAGUUGUGGUCAGAUGAGACCAAAAUCGAGCUAUUUGGCAUCAACUCA